GGCCAAAGAAUUAAUAUAAUAAAUCAACGGAAUACCAAUCGUUAAGAUUUCUUUUAGACAGAAGAUAAAUGAUUGAAAGAUUCGAAUGGCAUUGUCGUUCCAAACAAAAAGUGAAAGACCAUUAAUGCAUCGUUUACGACAACAACGACGACAUGAUGAUAUUAGUGAAACAAUCGGGUGUAAUAAUACAAAAGAUCCUCCACCUACAACCACUGCCUACCACCGCCACCACCACCACCACCACCACCACCACACCACCACCACCGACUCCGACACCGCCACAACCACCGCUACCGCCGACGUUACGACACGGAUAAUACCAGCUGUUGAAGGGGAAAAAGAAGAAGAACGAAAACAAUAUCGAGGAUUAGCCACGAACAUUCCGAACGAAAGUAUCCAAUACAUGAAAAAAAAAUCAAAAUAA